AUGUCUCUCCAAGGAAAAAUAAUCGCUAUUACGGGUGGCGCAAGUGGAAUCGGCCUCGCAACGGCGCAGCUAGCUGCUAGCCGCGGAGCCAUCGUCUGUAUCGGCGACGUUGACCCCGCCGCCCUGCAAAGCACCACAGCCCACCUCACGGCCCUUUUAGCCACCUUCACCGUAACAAAACUUGAUGUGUCGAAACGUUCCGAAGUGGAUGGGUGGAUUGAUACCAUAGUCGAGAAGUAUGGGAGGUUGGACGGGGCUGUAAAUUGCGCUGGGAUAGUCGGGAAACACCACGGAAUUAGGGCCAUCGCAGAACUGGAGGAUGAGGAAUGGAACAAGAUCAUUGCGGUUAAUUUGACGGGCAUGAUGUAUUGCUUGAGAGCCGAGUUGAGGAAGAUUUCCGAAGGGGGAUCAAUUGUUAACAUCACAUCAAUCCAAGGAGUCAUGGGAUUUGCUGGCAGCGGAGCUUAUGUUGCGAGCAAGCACGGGGUUAUAGGCCUCACAAGAUCGGCAGCCAAGGAGAGCGGUGAUCGCAAUGUGAGAGUAAAUGCGGUCGCUCCUGGGGCUAUUGAGACGCCUUUGCUGCAGAAGGCACGGGAGGCCAAUCCCAACGAGGGGAAGGAUAAUCCUACCGCCAUUAAACGAUCAGGGACUGCCGAAGAAAUGGCGAAUAUCAUUGUAUUCCUGUUAGGGCCUGAGAGUUCCUAUGUAACUGGCUCUGUAUACGGUGGGGACGGAGGAUGGGAUUGUUGA